AUGGCCGCACUCGCCACCAAGCGCGUCCUCGCCCUCGCACCACCCGGCUCGCGCUCCCUCUUCGGCUUCCCCUCCCCUUUCGCCUCCUCGUCGUCCUCAUCGCCGUCCUCACAGCGCAAGGGCACCCUCAAGCAGCACGGCGGCAUCUGGCACUACCGCGAGGACAAACUCAUGCCCUACUCGCCCGAGGAGCUCUUCACCGUCAUCGCCGACGUCGACUCGUACCAGCAGUUCCUCCCCUUCACCUCGUCGUCGCGCGUCCUGCGCGCCGCGCGCCUUGUCGUCGGGCCCCCCAGUGCGCGACGAGACGAGCCCGUCGCCGAGCGAGGGUGGCUCAAGCCUGGCCCAGAGGGCGAGCGGUGGGACAUGGACGGCGAGCUGCGCAUCGGCGCCAUGGGCUUCGACGAGGGUUACGUCAGCCUCGUCGAGAUGGAGAAGCACAAGUGGGUCAAGGCCACGGCCAAAGACGCGAGCAUGUUCCGCCACCUGUCGACCGUCUGGUCCUUCUCGCCUGCUCCCCCCUCCUCCUCCUCCUCCUCGUCCACCCCCGCCUCGUCCCCCUCAACCCGCGUCGAUCUCUACCUCUCGUACGCCUUUGCGUCCCCGCUCCACGCCGCCGCGAUCCAGUCCGUGUGGGACAAGGUGAGCGCGCUGAUGGUCGACCGGUUCGAGAAGCGCGUCGGCGACGUCCACGGCAAGAGGUGA